AUAAAAACUGAGAAAAUAAACCGACUAUGGAAAAGCGAUUUGCAAAAUUCCCUGUGAGAACUAUUUAAAGAGUGUCCCCUCGUGGGCCCCACUUUCCCCAAAACGUAAACAAAGAGCCGGUGACCAAGUCAGUGUAAAGUAGAACAGGGCCCAAAGGUACAAUUCGCCAUUAUGGGCGACGUGGAAGCGUACGAGUUCUCGGUGGAUUUCCAGACAGCGGCCAAUAGGGAGCUGUCCUUUCUCCAGGAGGUUGACCAAUACCCGCCUCUCUAUGAGGGUCCGAUUCUCAAAUACGCUAUCUUCAGAUACGAGACUCUGUGGCUACCACUCGCCGCCGAACACCGGGGCUUGACCCUCACAGCUCCUCUGGACAUCGCGUGGGUGUGGCACUGCCACCUGCUAUCCCCCGUGUGUUACGUCAGGGACUGUGUGGGGGUCUGUAACUCAGAAAUAGACCACAGUCUCACGCCCAACCUCAACCGCACUGACACGGAGAAACUGUGGAAACGGAGGUACCCGGAUGUUGACUUCGCUAUCAACCUCAUGGAGAGCAGCAUUAAGCCGCCAUCGUAUGAUUCUCGUUUUGAAUACGAUUUGGAGGCGGCAGCAGGAAGGCAGAGACUUUUCUAUUACCAAGUUUCCUUGCCUCAUUAUAACGACGAAAAGUUUAUAGAAAACGCCAUUAAGCGAUACAAACAGUUUCUAACUGUGAAGCGACUUAAUCCCGACUCUUUUGUAGUUCCCUGUUAUGACGUCGACCUAAUCUGGCAUUCGCAUCAAGUCCACCCGGCAGCUUACAAGAAAGACACAGAAUCACUCCUCGGAAAACUCUUCAAUCACGACGAUUCGGUAAACGACAGGACCGAGGGCUCCAAGCUGGUGGAGUCCGACAAGGAGACAAGGAUGUUAUGGCGGGAAACAUUUGGAACAAACUUCUCAGAAUUUGGCGCCAUGUACAGAGGGAAGCCGGCCAAUGGUCGUCUGUUUCCCGUUUCCAGUGACGUGAUUGACAAACACAGUGCAAAAAUUGUACAGCUACAACUGGAAAAAGCAGAAAUCCUGGAUUACACCUCAGCGCUGAAAGUUCACCAACUCAAAAUCAAUGCAGUGUUCAGAAAUGGGAUGGACAUAGAGCUCCUUAAGCUGAAAAAGCCGGUAGGGGGCGCCUGGGGGACACAGUCUCAUCACAUCCCCAUGUACGACAUCGACACGGAGAUGAUUGAAUUCAUCAGUGUAGAACUCUUCAAAUACGGAAAACUUGGUAAGCUGGGGGGUAAAACUUUACUGGGAGCGGGAAGGAUAUCGUGCCGAGAUCUGUUGGAGGGUAGUACAGGUGGUAAAGGUAGUUCCUUCACGGUCACCUCUACCGUGCAUUUAUCCAAUGGCGAGUCCAUGGCGCUACAACACGCGAUCACCGUCUCUGAUACCAAAGGCUGCAACUUAAAGCUGGAACCCGGCCACUUUGAGUUGGCGGUCAUUCCCGAGGACAACGAGGCCUUGUGGGGACCCGUCCCCCUACCACGUCUUCCAGAGGGAGUGGAGCACAGUUGUUCAGUGGCCACCCACAGAAUUAGGAAUGCGGUUGGUGAAGUGAUGUUUACUGCCCGCGUGAUACACAGCUUGCCGCUGAUGACGUCAGUCGUUCACGUGUUUUAUCACGAUUUGUUGAGUGUCGUCUGCCACCUGUUAGGUCCGGAUACCCUGCCUACACCGGCACAGGUCAAUUCUUCCGUCGAAAAUCCUCCAAUUACCCUGUCCCAGCAAGAUGGUGAGCGGGCGAUGAUCAUCAAGAACAACGAUGGUGACUGGGCCGUGUUGAUAGGGCGCUGGACCGGCGUCAGAAAGGGCAAACCCGGGGUCAGAGCAACAAAACACACUGCUGGACGUGCCCCUAUUCGUGGAAGCCCCGGUCAUUUGGAGGUGACGAUGUACAGAUUACCGACCGGUGAGCGGUCAACUCUUCGCCUGGACAGCGAGCCGUUCCGUUACUAUGAUUUUACCGUCAAGUUCCACGGAUUUGUCGCCGACUUUUCCAAAUGCACGAUCAACAUCUCCCCGAAUGAAGGCGCAGAAAAUCUGGCCCUGGCGUUCUGUGUUAGCGUGUUACAAGUACUCUGUCAACCAAGACCACCCAACUUUGAACCACUCAAGGAAACCACCUCAGACACGCCCUCUUACGUCAGCCAAAGGAAGGAAUUCCCCACGGACAAGCUUGCCAUGGUGAUGGCGUUUGGAUUCAUGGUAUCCACUCCUGCCAAUUAUAUGUUACGAAAACAAUUCAAGAAGAAGAAAGAAGAGAAGGAAAGGUUCUCUCAUAUUGCUCCCGCCUGCGGGGGCGGGUUGGACAGUGAACCCAUGCAUCUGCACCCCAUUGACGAAGCUCACGUGUACGACGAUGACGACGACAACGACGACUAUGAGAUGGAAGGCUGGGAGGCGGCCUUCUUCUGUGUCAAAGACGAGGAUCUAGAGGACCUACACAAUGAGGAGGGCGACGAAAACACCGACGGCGGGGACGGAGAUCAAGAUGGCUGUGGGGGGUGCGGCGGAUGCGGAGGGGGUGAGGGUGCAUGGGAUGGGGGAGGAGGAGGGUGGGAGGGGGACACAGGGGGAAAUGGAGGGGACGGUGGGGGUUAUUCUGGAGGGGAUACCGGGGGAGGGGAUGAUGGGGGUGGGGGAUGGGGAGGGGAUAGCGGGGGUGGGGAUGGUGGGGGAUUUGGAGGUGACAGCGGGGGCGGCGAUGGAGGGGGUGACGGUGGGGGUUGUGGGGGAGGAUGCGGUGGUUGUGGGGGGUGA